AUGAAUGCAGAGGAGAUGAUGACAAUGCUAGGUGAGGCUGCUCUAUGUGAGGCACCUAGCAGAUUAUUCAGGGGUGCUUGCUUGAGUAACAGAAAUUGUGCAAAUAUUUGUGAGAAAGAAGGAUUUUUGAAUGGACGGUGCAAAGUCUUAAAAUGCAAAUGUACUAAGGAUUGUAACGGGGGAGGAGGAGGUGAAGGCAGAGGUGGAGCCGGUGGCGACGGACCUCCAGGUGGAGGUCCACCAGAUAGCAGUGGUAGUCCUCCGGGUGAAGGCCCUCCGGCUGGCAGUGACGAGCCUCCUAGUGAAGAUCCUCCGAGCGAAGGGCCUCCGAGUGAUGGGACUCCUCCAACUGAAAGCCCUCCGGGCAGUGGUGAUGGGCCUCCAAAGACUCCCAAUGGAGGCCCACCUUGCGACCACGGACCUCCAAGUGGUGGACCUAGUGAAAGAAAUUAG